CGCUGUGGUAAACGCCACAUGGUGGCGCAAUUUCAGCGCACGCGUGAGGGCAGACUAGCAAUUCACGCAUGGUGCUGCCGCUGCCACCCGACUUCUUCGAGUGCCCGCCACUGGCGCCGCACGAGACGUCGGCGCUGCUCGCGCUCGCCCAGACCAUCUGCCAGGAGACUGUGCAGAACGCGCUGGUCCUGGACGCGCAGCCCAUCUGGGCAACGAUCGCCAACCCAACGACGCGCCGCCGGGCCCGGCUGCGGCGCGGCCACGACAGCGUAGACGCAGCGCGCGAUGCGAUGAGCUGCUACACACAGGUUCGCGCGACGCUCGAGGACGUGGCCAAUGUCUUCCACUGUCGCUCGACGCUGGAGCUGCGGACGUUUGGCCGCGUCCUUGGCAAGAGCAUCCUCGACAAAGUCAACUUGUACACACUCGUGGACCGGCCGGUCGCGCGCGGCAAGGUGCCACACCCACUGCACUACGUGGGCGUCGAAUGGGCCGCGAUCGACGCGCCGCUCGGCUUUGCGACCCGCGACCUCUGCUACCUCGAGGCGCACGACGAGUUUGAAUUUGUCGACACGCGCAACCGCAAGCGCCGGGGCUGGGUUCGAGCGAUUCACUCGAUCGAGAACGACGCAUGUCCCUCGCUGCACAAGGCCCACGGGCUCGUGCGCGCUUCCAUCUACCGCUCGGGCCAUGUCUUUAUCGAGUCGGAAAGCAAUCCCGAGAUGCUCGACUACUACAACGUGAUCGUGGCCGACCCGCGCGGGCAGUUUGUACCGCGCUCCGUGACCCAGCGCUGCAUGAAGGCCCACGUCAGCCAGGCGCUGAAUCUGGAAGAACACUUGUUCAUUUUGCGUCUCCAUGCCGAGAGCCAAACGACCAACACGAGCAUGUCGUGGAACACGGCUGUGACCUCCUCCAUCAAGUCGACUGCGUUUUGCGCCUGCUGCGACGCCAAGUUUGGCCUCUUCCUCGGGCGCAGGACGUGCGACCAGUGCAAUCGAAUGGUCUGCAAGGCGUGCUCGGGGCGCUGGACGAAAGCGACCGGCGCCAAGCCCGUGACUGUCUGCAUCUGCAAGCUCUGUUCCAAACGCCUUGGCGACCCAGAGCCCGUGCCAUUGGGGAAUGUGACCCAAGCGCUGCCGGCCGCGACGCAGUACAACCUCCGGUCGACGCGGGUGCCGGCGCCCCGCAGGCCGCCAGUGGCGCGCAAGCCGGUACCAGCGCCGUCGGACGAUGGCGGCAACGACUCGGACGUCAUCAUGCUCUGGGACGACGGCCAAGCGUCCAAGCGCGAUGGCACAUUUACGUUCUUGUCGUCGUCCACGUCGCUCCACCAUACGCUGCGGUCGAAUGCGUCCGGGUACCAGAGCACGUUUUGCUCGUACCAGUACUCGGACGACGGCGCGCCACGCGUGGUCAAGACGGUCGUGGCACCGCAAAGCACCGUGGACGUCGAUGCAACGCUGCCUCUCGUGUCGCCAGCCCACUCGGACUAUAGUGAGGUGUUUGAUGCCGUCUUGGAGUUUGUCACAGCGCACGAACUCGAGCAAGCAAGGACCCGGAGCGUGCCAUAGGAAUUAGUAUACGCAGUCGUGAUAAGUUAAAAAUAUCGGUCGCCAUGUAUUAUGUAUUCGUCGU